AUUAGAUAUCUAUCUAUCUAGAGACCAAUAUUUAUUAGAUAUGUAGGUAUAAUAGAGACAGCCGUGACUCAUUUUAUAUGGGUAUGGUCGUAUCAAGUGACAAAACCCUGGACAAAUCUUUAGGAACUCGACAGACCAAGGAAAUUAUAAUGAUUAUAAUUCUCUCUGGACCAAGGCCUGCGAGGACUCGCAAGUACUGACAUCUCGCGUGUUGGUACGAACCACGAACUUGGGUCUUGGAUUGAAGUUGGCUUUAUCGCUCCCGGGCAAUGAGGAACCAUCUCGUGUUCUGUUAGAACUGUUUAGAAAAAUGCAAUGCCAACACAAUAUUACCGGUGACAGCAGGAUAAGGGACUUUAAGAAUUUGGAAGAAUCAUUUACGGAACAUAUCGAGAAACGAAAUGUUAAUAGCAGCUGUGCCCUUGCCUUACUUUACAAUGAUCGGGGGCAUUCCAAAUACAUGCAGGUUGAAUUUGAUUCUGCAAUAGAUGAUUACAACAAAGCAAUUGAAAUUAACCCAAAUCUUGGUGUAGCCUACUACAAUAGAGCAACUGUUCUUUACAGACUUGGUGACUUUGAAGCAGCUUAUAAGGAUAUGGUUAAAGCUGUUGAUAUGGAGCCCAAUAAUAUUGAAUUUCAAAAUGGACUAGAGGCCUGCAAGCAAAAUGUAAAAGAACAUGCAAAUUGAAAAGAAGAUGGGAAUUAUGAACUGUGGCAUCCUCUGUUUUGCUUUCCUUGAUGUCUGAAUGCCUUACAUUCCAAAGGUUCAAAAAUCUAUUGUCUAUUCUUUCCAAUUUUGUCUGGUUGCAGGUCAGUUGUUCUUGUAUAGGUAUAUCUGAGUGUGAUAUCAGCAUAUUUUUUAAUGUUAUGAAAGAGGAAAUGUCAACUUGUAUUUGAUACAAAAAGAAUAGUAAUUGGAAGAAGUAGAUUCAAUGUUUUUAGUGUAUGUUGUGAAGACAGUAAAUAAAGUGAAGAAAAUCAAAGAACUUUAAUUAUUUGCACUGGUCUUUUGAUUUUAAUGAGAGAGAUGAUUCAUAUUAUUUUUUUAUUAAACAUUAUCUUCUGUAUCUUGAAAAGGCAAUGACACAGAGUUAGAAGAAGUACUUCAAAAAGUAUUUUGGAUUUAAAAUACUUCAAAGAAUGUAAUGUAGGUAAAAUACUGACUUCUAUGAAACUGUUUUAAAUACAAAGUUGUAUUGUAGAAUACAUACUUAACAAAAUACCACCAAUAAUUAAAUAUUCAAGGAUCUCACUUUAUAGCUUGAGUAUGUUUUACAAUUGAACCAUGUAGUUUUGUAAAGGUUUAAAUGUUCCAUUGUUAAAAAUCCAUUGUUUCACAAAAUAUAAUUUUAAAUUUCUAAAAGUGUCCCGUCCAAAACAUUUUAUGUUUAGUGGGCCACCAAAAGCCAUAUUAGUAUUAAAUUUCAAGAGAUGGCCUUGGGUCCAUCUCUUGCAACUUUUUUUUGAUGGGUGCCUUCCUUUCUCAAAAUUUCCCAGAAUUUGGCACAUAUUGAAACUAAAUUUCUUCCUAAUACCACCACCCACAGAAUGAGACAAUAUUAUAAUGGGACCUCCUUAUGUAAUGUUAAUGUUAUACAUGAUACUCAUGUUGAAAAAAGUAUACAUAUAUUAAAUUGAAUUGUUUAUUUCAAAAACCCCCAUAAGCAUCAAUCUGUAAAUUUUUCAGGAAAUAAGGAAAACUGAUUAGCUUUCAAAGUAUUGUGUUGUCAGUUUUGUGUUGUCAGUGGGGUUUUUGCAAUAAACAUAUUUUUUUGUUAAAUAAUAUACAGAAAUCAGAGCUUAUAAAUACCUUGUGGGGAAAAUCAUAAAUUUAACUACUCAAGGGUAUUAAAACUUAUGUUUAUUUAAGAAAAUAGAUAUAAAGUAC